ACUUAAGCGCCAUUUAGCUGUAGUGUGUCUCUGUAUAUAGUGAAAUGGCUGAAGCCAGGUUUUCUCAUGACCAGUUCAGCUGUUCAGUGUGUCUGGAUCUACUGAAAGAUCCAGUGACUAUUCCCUGUGGACACAGUUACUGUAUGAGCUGCAUUAAACAAUGUUGGAAUCAAGAGGAUGAGAAGAGAGUCUACAGCUGCCCUCAGUGCAGACAGACCUUCAGACCAAGACCUGCUUUAAAGAAAAGCACCAUGCUGGCUGAAGUGGUGGAGCAACUGAAGAAGACUGAUCUCCAAACUGCCGUUCCUGCUGGGCCUCGAGAUGUGAAGUGUGACGUCUGUACUGGAAGAAAACAAAAAGCAGUGAAGUCCUGUUUGGUGUGUCUUAACUCUUUCUGUCAAAAUCACCUUGAACAACAUGAGAAUCUCUUCAGAGGAAAGAGACACGAUUUAAUGGACGCCACUAAAUACCUUCAGAAGAUGAUCUGCAGUAAACAUAAAAAACUGCUGGACAUUUUCUGCUGCUCUGACCAGCGUUGUAUAUGUAUGCUCUGCAUGGUGGACAAACACAAAAAUCAUGAUACUGUAUCAACUGCAGCAGAGAGGAAAGAGAAACAGAAGCACUUGGGUGAUACACAGAGAAAAUACCAUCAGCAAAUUAAGAAGAGAAAGAAAAAAAUUAGGGAGCUGAAAGAAGCUGUGGAGAUUCACAAGCAAUCUGCACAGACAGCAGUGGAGGACAGUGAGAGGAUCUUUGGUAAGCUCAUCAGCUCCAUUAAGAGAAGACGCUCUGAGGUCACACAGAUGAUCAGAGAUCAAGAAAAGACUGUAGUGAGUCGAGCUGAAGCACUUAUAAAGCAACUGGAGAAGGAGAUUGACCAAAUGAGGUCCAUAAAUGACGAGCUGGAGCAGCUUUCACAAACACAUAAUGACAUCCAUUUCCUCCAGAGUUACCUGUCUCUCCCUGUUCCUCCUGGGUCUCCGGAUGUUCCCAAAAUCAAUGAGAGGUCUUUUGAUAAAGUAGGAAAAUCAGUGUCUCGGCUGAGACAGGAAUUGGAGGAUUUCUGCACAAAGGAGAUUGAAAAGCUAUCUGGUCAAGUGAGAUGCAUCCAGAUAAUUCCUCCCCCAGGACAUGUGAUCAAAAAAAAGCUUUUUUUAGUCACAAUAAAACAACAAAUCCUCGAGGAAGAACAGUGGGAUUCAGAGGGAUAAACAUCAUUUUACUGAAUAAAAAAUGAGUGCACGCUCCUCUGCCCUGAUCUCGCAUUCUUAUGCAGUGCUUUGAAACUAAACAAAGCCCCAGUAAAGCCCUGUAAGGGACAUUUGAUUAUUAUUGGUAUUAGUAUUUGCUUUACUUAGAAGAGUUUUGUUAAAUUGUCUGAAUGCUUCAUCAAUAUGCAUGUUAAAUAUGUAUUAAUAUGUAUGAAAUAUGACACAUGUUAAAUAUGUAUUAUAAUUGGAUGAGCAUCCUGGUUUGAUUUGGAUAUAAAUCAAAUCAAUAGAUGGCUGACAGAGUAGCAUUGCUGGCAUGAUCUCCUGGAAAUCUCAGUCUGUGUUAUGCCCUAUCCUGCUCAUACUCUCCCUAUACAAGACAUGUCGCUGAUUUAAAUAAUCGGUACAACAUUUAGAAGUUUUUUUGUUUUGUUUUUUGUCUUUCAACUUUCAGUCCUGUCUACUAUAUUUCUUCUUUUUGUGCACUCUAUCCACAUGUCCUCAGUUAUGGAUCAAGCGUUCAGAAAUAAAGCUCUGAUGGACAUGCUCCAGCAAAUUAAAAAUGAUAUGCUGGCUCAUUUUGAUGCUAAACUUAACCACAUUCAAUGUAGCGUCAAUGCAAUGAAUGACUCGCUUAAGUCACUAGGAGAACAAGGCCUAACCUGAUUUUACCAAGUGAGACAUGUUCCUGGGACAACAUCGUUGUUGACCCUGGAACAACAUUGUGAUUAACCAAUCAGAUUUGAAGAACCAGUUUAUAGAUUUUGUGAAGUUUAUGCUUAAAAUCAGUGUUUGGUGCUUGUACAUCAGUGUCAUUCAUCUAUCAUUUCCUCUGAUUUUAGGGAUUACUCAUGGUUAAGGUUAGGUUUAGGUGUAGGGAUAUGGUUAAGAAUAUAUUUUUGGAGUAAAAUGUUGUUCCAGGGUCAACAAAAUAUGUUGACCUAGGAACACAUCGGACUUGGCAAAAUCAGGACGUGCGAGAACAAGUGGGUGAAUUCAGGGUCAGCUCUAACCAACAUAACAGACCUGGAGGCACGAGUAAAGACCUUUGAGAAGCAAAACUCCUACCUGGGGGAGAAAAUUGAGGAUGCCGAGAACCGAAGCAGGGCAUCAAAUCUUCAGUUUCUACGAGUGCCUGAGGUUCGAGGGCCAUGAUAUGAUCAGCUUCAUCAGGCUGCUUCGAUGCAUCUUUUUGGCAUAGAUAAUUUCACCGCUCACCAGGAGUAUACAGAAGGGGCUCCAAGGUCAAUCCUGGUGAUGUUUAUUUUUACAUUUCCAGGACAAGGUGAAGAUUCUACAUCUUGCGCAUGGGAAAAAUAGAGCUAGAGUCCAAUGGAGCUCGAGUGUAUUUAUAUCCGGGCUUUAGCACUGGUCUGGUAGAAAAGCAUCAUCUUUUUGAUCCAAUUAUGGAUAUGAAAUACGUAGGUACUGCUCUAUCCAGCCUUGCUUCGAGUUCAAGUUGACGGCAAAACUUUGCUAUGAAGCUGAUGCGUUUGUCCAUGAUGUCAAUAUGUAGUCACCUUGAGUCUGGUCUGUAUUUAUACUUAAGCUUAUUAUUUGACUCUUUGGGUUUCACUUACUGUUUUGCCAUACUCCAGGCAUUAUGACACAGUGUCAUGAAGCUGAUGCGUACCUGAUCUUGUUUUUGCAACAUGAGAUACAGGAUUAUAUAUUAUUAAAACCUUUGAUUAAAACUUAUUAAACAAGAUGCUCUUUAUUUUUUAUUAUUUUUAUUAAUUAUGUUAUUUUUAUAAUCCUGUUUGUUGGGUUAGUUUUUAAUUUAAUUAAUUAAUCCCGUUAACUUUGAUGUUGCAAGGUUAAUUUAUGUUGUUAAUAUUCUUAUUGCUGACUGAGUUCUGUUUUAUCUCUGUUGUUGUUUCUCUCCUAUGGUUCUGUUUGAAAUAUUGGUAUUGUGUUAUGUAUGUGUGUUUGUGUGUAUGUGUGUGUGUGGAUGUAUUUUGUGUUUGUAUCCUCUCAUGCUGUCUGCCCCUUAUUAUUCAUAUAUUAUACUUUAUUUUUCUUAAUUCUGCUUCUUUCAGUUUUUUUUUUUCUUUUCUUAAAGGAUGGUUAAUGGUCUUAAAAUAAUUAAUGUAAUAGAGGAGCUGAAACUUGAUCAACUAAAAGCAUGGCUUGUCUACAAUAAACCUAUCUGAAACCUGG